CCAGUUUAAAACAAGGACAAAAAAAAAGUUGUCGGGUGAACGAUAGAGAGAAAAAAACUGAAGCCGUCCCCUCCCCUCAGAACAGCGGGAGAGAGGGAGAGCGUGUGACAGAGGAAGAGAGUACCGACUGAGUGAGCGAGGGCUGCGCGUGAGGGAUAUCCCUCGGCACUUUCCCACUAAACCAGUGCAAAGUUGUUUUUGACGUUCCCGAGCAACUCACGAGAAAGUGUCACCGUGCGCUCUUUUUGGCACUAAAGAUUUGAGACUGAGAGCUGAAGACGAAACGACAGCAUGAUGUGCGGAUUUCUAUGCAGGCUUGGUGUGUUGUGGACGUGUGUGCUGACCGCGCUCUCCCAGUCCACGGCCCAGAAACCAGCUGUAGGGCGGCGCUCUCGGCAGGCAGAAGGGGAGGAGCUGGUGGGGGUGUGGUCUUCAUGGGGCGAAUGGGGGGAGUGUUCUCAGACUUGUGGUGUGGGCGUGUCUGAGAGAAGGAGGCAGUGCUCACCUCCUCCACAAGUCCCGCCUCAGACAUGGCCUGGCUCCGCCUACCUGCCCCCAGGUGUUCCAAAUCACUCCCCUGUCAUCUCAGCACUCCGCCCCUACCUCCCCUCCGUCUACCCUGGAAAUGAUCUGCCCCACUAUGGAGGGGUAGGCGGGGGCACCAGGCAGCCAUUGUACCCCCCUGUCCAGCCGGCCAAUUCCAACACUGGAUUACCUCUCUACCGCAGUGACCCGGUAGUGGGCGGGCCAAGCCAGCCCAGCCAGCCCAAUCACGCGGCUCCUUUCUAUCCGCCAGCCAAUCAGGACCCGGCGUCUGUUUAUCGCCCUUCGUCGUACCCAUCAUCAGGGUCCUCGCCAGCACUUAGUUAUGGCCAAUCAGGACGGGCAUCCAGGCGACCGCCAAAUCACGGGCCAGGCAGGUCUGGAGGGGGCGGGAGCAGGAGGUCAGUGCCCAAUAAUCGGGACUCUUUGUCUUACAGGAGGUCCAGUCCCCACAUUCGUCCGGGGCAGUUUGGCUACGGCAGAGUGCCCUUCUCUCUGCCGCUGCAUCGGCCCAGUCGCCACACGCGCCACACCCGUCGCCACGGCAACAACACUGCCACGCCCGCCUGCGGAGUCCGAGGGGGAGGGGCUUCCCUUGAGCGAGGAGUCGCACGAGAGGAGAGGGGCGGGGUGCCCGCGGACAGGCAGGUGAGCCGCCGGCCCCGGCCCCCCUACGGCCUCCCGCUGCACCAGCCCUCCCCGCCCCAGUCCCCAGCCGCCGCGGCCCCCCCCAACCACCACCCCCACCCUGAUGUGUGGCAGCCCCCACAGCACGGCCUCGGCGGGGGCAGCUGGAGCCCUCAUCUGCCCCAGGGCAACUACAAAUGCGCCGGCAAGGAGUUGGAGCACCGCAGGUGUGCCGGAGAGACAUGCUCUCGUUCUGCAGGAGCGUCCAGGGCAGAGCAGUGUGCUGCCUUCAACACGCAGGAGUUCAUGGGCCGCCUCUAUGACUGGGAGCCUUUCACUGAAGUGGGUACAGAGCAGCAGUGUGAGCUGACCUGCAGGCCAGUGGGAUAUCGGUUCUAUGUGCGGCAGGCGGAGAGGGUGAAGGAUGGAACACCGUGUGUCAACAGCACCACCAACGAUGUGUGUGUGGGGGGACGCUGCCUGACCGAGGGGUGUGAUGGUGUGCUGGGGUCAGGUCAGGUCAGAGAUAAGUGUGGUGUAUGUGGAGGCCACGACGGCUCCUGUCAGAGAGUGACCGGAAGUUUCCAGAACACCAGCGUUCCCCUGGGUUACCACCGCAUCCUGGACAUUCCCGCAGGGGCCACCGCUAUCAACAUCACAGAGCGUAGCGCCAGCCCCAACUACCUGGCUCUGCGCAGUGGUACUGGUCAGUCUGUGGUGAAUGGCCGGUGGGCAGUGGAUCCCCCUGGAGAGUACCAGGCAGGGGGGACCACCUUCUCCUAUGCACGGCCUAAGGCAGGGCCUGAGGGCCAGGGAGAGGACCGGGGAGAGACCCUUACAGCACCAGGACCUACCACCACCUUACUGCAGCUGUUUAUCAUUUUCCACAAGCAGAACCCGGGGAUUGACUAUGAGUACUACAUCCCAGUGGAGCAGAAGGGAGACGGAGAGGAGGGAGGGGACCUCCUCGGGAGAUUAGUAGGGUCUUUUUCAGUUAUGGACACACACACACACACACUCACCUCCGAGGUCCCCAUCCCUGCUCCCCCCAUCUCCUCCUCCCCCUCCUCUCCUGCCAGAUGGACACCCGACAGGUCCCGCCCACGUGGUUUAGCACCCAAUCGUAAUGCUCGAAUUCCCCCACGCACCGAUAUACCAUUGGACAACCAGCCAACAUUCAUAUGGAAGAAGGGCCCGCUGACAGACUGUUCUGCUUCCUGCGGAAAAGGGUCCCAGCACAGGGUCAUUGUUUGUGUGAACCGUCACACAGAACAGGAAGUCCCUGAGAGGAGGUGUGACUCAGCUUCCAAACCCCUUCUAGAGGAAGAGCCCUGCAACGUGCACCCAUGCCCCCCAUUCUGGGAGGCGGGCUCCUGGUCGGACUGCAGUGUGACGUGUGGCAGGGGCAUUCAGCAGCGGCAGCUGCAGUGUCGGCUGAGCUUCGGUAACCGCACCACCAUGGUGCACCCCCAGCGUUGCGCCAGCCUCCCCCGGCCCGACGCCACCCAGCCCUGCCAGCUCAAAGUCUGCUCCCAGUGGGAAGUCAGCUCUGACUGGAGCUCCUGCUCAGUGGAUUGUGGAAUGGGGAAGAGGACUCGGAAUGUUCGCUGUGUGAGUAACCAAGGCGACAUUAUGAGUGACGGUGAAUGCAAUGCCAGACUCCGCCCACAGAGAAGUGAAGACUGUCACAUGGGGCCGUGUGUCACCAACUGGUACUUCACGGAUUGGACAAACACUUGUUCAGCAGACUGCGGUCCAGGCAUCCAGCGGAGGGAGGUGGUGUGUCUGACACGUGGGCGGGGCCGAGAAGGCGGCGGGACUGGCGACUGUGUCGGGGAGAAACCUCAUGACAUGAAGGCCUGCAACGGGGGACCCUGUCAGCCCACAGCCAUGUGGUUCACUGGACCAUGGGGACAGUGCAGUUCACCAUGUGGAAACGGAACCCAGCGAAGAGACCUCAUCUGUGUCCAGAAGAUUGGGAGCGAUUAUACUAUGACAGCAGCUAGCCAGUGUGCGCACCUGGAAAAGCCUUCCCCAGUGCAGACCUGCGAGCUGUUCCCCUGUCAACCGCAGUGGUUCACCACAGAAUGGAGUGCGUGCUCUCGCACCUGUGGCGAGGGAAAACAGGUCAGGGAGGUACGGUGUCUCAGCCCAGACAAACAGCACAGUUUGGACUGUGAAGAAGACACCAAACCACCACAGGAGCAAGACUGCAAUAUUAUACCUUGCAGUCCACUAGUUGCAGAUGAGAACUGCAGAGACGUUCGUCAUAACUGCAUGAUGGUGGUCCAGGCACGCUUGUGUGUCUACUCCUACUACAAGACGGCCUGCUGCGCCUCAUGUACCCAGAGUGCUAUGCGGGCCAAAAGACACUGACCUGAGCAGCAGCAGAGGUCCACCCAUUACCCACCCACCCGCAGGGGGCCGGUGGAGGAGUGCAAGCCAUGCUGUGAUUGGCCACGGACAGUACUUCAUGCCUGAGCUCGACCAAUCACAGACUAGAACAGGUAUAAUCCCCAGGAGAUAGCCAAUCAUAAACCUGCUUGGUGGGAGUGACUCCCAGCAAAAGUGCCGACGGAGGAUUAGUUUACCUUUACCCCAAUGCCCUCACCUUUCACCCCAGGCUACGAGCCAGCGCUGGGCCCAGACCUACGACCUUUCUGACACCUAUACAAAUCCAGUGUCAUAUCUGAUGCCUAUAUGACACCUAUACAAAUCCAGUGUCAUAUCUGAUGCCUAGCUGACACCUAUAAAAAACCAGUGUCAUAUCUGAUGCCUGUCUGACACCUAUACAAAUCCAGUGUCAUAUCUGAUGCCUAUCUGACACCUAUACAAAUCCAGUGUCAUAUCUGAUGCCAAUACAAACCAAGUGCCAUAUCUGUGUGACGCCUAUACAAACCUUGCAAUCAAGCAGAUAUGCACAUUGUCAGUAUGUGCAACGUUUUUUGUACUUGUAUAUGUAUAUUUGUAUAUGCCAAAAAAACAAGCAGUUGUUUUCUGUGUAGGUUAGAUUGUAGGUCAUCCAGAAAGCAAAACAAACAAGCAAAUAUUAAAAAAGUUCAAUAAGAAUAAAUAACUGAAUGUAGACUUCCCCUCUACUGGAUAAAACUCAGAACUUAAACUGUUUUGAGCAGUUUUUCUUCCCAUUUAAUUUAAUGUAAGUAACCUCGC